AUGAGGGAAAUGACUAUGGCAAUAAUGAGGAUUGCCGCUUUUCAUUUAAUUUGUCCAACAAUUCGAAAACAUUCAGCUUUAUUUUUUUCUGGUGUAGAAAAAACCUCCAUAACAACAACCCUUUCAUCCGCCUCCACAUUAGCAACAACAGCUCGUCGUUCCCCACAAACAAAUAAUUUAUCAACGGGAGAGUUUGGAUGGAGGGAUGGCCGAACCCAUACUUUUUGUGCCCCUAUAAGGGCUAUCCCCUCAACAAAUAAUUUAAUAACAAAUAAACCCCCAACAAAACCAACAACUUCCCAUCUUCGUUUUGCCCAACAAUUAAUUGCUGCAACAGUACAUGGGGUAAAGGAAAGAGGGAAAAUCAACAAUACCCACAAAUAUUAUAAAACAAGGAAGAAGAGAAUCUGCAGCAGAAAAAACAACAAAUUUUGGUUUCGACACUCUCAAGUGGAGAACAACCUUUUCUCUUCGAAUUUUUGGUUCAAUUGA